AUGGGUGACAAGCCCCCUGGGUUCCGGGGCUCCAGGGAUUGGAUCGGCUGUGUAGAGGCCAGCCUCUGCCUAGAGUACUUCAAAGGACCCCAGGGGCGCCUCUGCCACGUUCCCCGUGGAGCUGGGCUUCAGGGGGAGCUGGAGAGACUUCACUCCCACUUCGCAGGAGGCGGAGGGCCUGUAAUGGUUGGGGGGGAUGCGGAUGCGCAGUCUAAGGCCUUGCUGGGAGUCUGUCUGGGGCCAGGCACCAAAGCUUUCGUCCUGGUAUUGGACCCUCACUGCUGGGGUGCUCCAAAAACCCCCACUGAACUACAGAUUGCUGGUUGGGUGGGCUGGCGAGAGGUGAGCACAACAUUUGACUCCAACUCCUUCUACAACAUGUGUUUGACCAGCUGUAACUCAGAAAAGCAGCUGCCUACCCAGGACUGA